UGUCUCGACGGAGUCUGACUCGUGAUAUUCACGAGAGCAUCCGGCUUUUGCUCGGCAAAAAUGUGAAGAUCGUGCUCAAGGCUCCCGUGAAACUGGAGCUCAAGGGCGGGGACAAAACUGAGAAUCGCAUUCUGGUCUUCACCUCCCACCGCCUCUUUGUGAUGGCCUCCAAGGUUCCCACCAAGAUCGAACAUCACUAUCACUAUCUGGAAUUUCGGCAAGUGGAAGUGAAGAGACCCAAUGCGGUGGCCUUGGGAUUUUUGGGUGAUAAGACCUAUGUGUUCCGGCCCGCCAGUGAUUCCCCUUCAGAUUUGGAGGUUAUUCUCAGUGCCCUGUUCACGACAGUGAGGAAGAUCUUCCCCGGAGUUCCCCUGAGUAAUGUCCUCGGCUCCGUCGAUCUGAGAGCUGCCACUUCCACUUUACAGGAGCAUCUGGUCUGGAAGCCCCCGGACCCUAAAUUGACGGGCCCUUGUGGAGGUUUUUCCACUCAAUAUGCGUGUGUGUGCGACCUGUUUGCCGUUUCAUUUCGGGAGGAAGUGGCAUGGGACGUAGAUACCAUUUACUUCUCCCAUGAUUCGCGGGAAAUGUGUCUUCAAGAUUUUGAGCAUUUGGAUCAUCGUGAUUUGGUUUGCAUCUUAGCCGCGUUGGAGCACAACACCUGGUUUACCAAACUGAAGGCAAGCAUGAACAGCUCGAAGCUUUCUGCUGACCUGUGUGAGAGGAUAUUACAAGUUGUGAAGAAGUCACCCAGUUUGCAAGAGCUCUAUCUACCAAGCAUUGGCGUUCGAUGGGAAUUCAUGGCUAAGCUAAGUCAAGCCAUCCAACAGAACCCGAGCUCGGCCUUGGUGUCGCUUGAUAUUUCUUGCAACUUUCUCGAAGACAAGGGAGUCAAUCAUUUCAGUAAUGUGUUGAGCAAAUCUAAGCUGGGAUUCCGACACCUCAACCUCAGCUUUUGCUCACUUACCACCAAGAGCUUGUCGCCACUGACUCAGUCGUUGGUCCAAAAUAUCAAAUGCACUUCCACCCUGACCUACCUCAACUUGGCUGGCAACAGUUUCAAAGAAGAAUCCCACUCGCUCUGUUCCUUCUUGGCCCAGCCAAAUUUGGUAGCCAUUCUAGACCUGUCCAAUACCGAGAUCCCUCUCGACAGUCUCUUUGGCGCUCUCGUCCGGGGAUGCACUUCGGCCUUGACACACCUCAAUCUAGCCAGAAACCCUUUCAGUUCGAAAAAGGCCAAGGAGAUCCCUUCUACCUUCAAACAGUUUUUUGCCACCACUUUAUCCUUGCAAUAUCUCAAUCUGUCGCACACAAAGUUCCCUGCCGAGGCAUUAAAGAACCUUCUACUAGGCCUGGCUUGUAAUCAAGUCACUGCCAAUGUGGAACUCAAUUUGAGCAAUAACGCCCUGGGAGGUGCUGGAGCCGCUGUGAUUGAGAGCUGCAUAGGAGGUGUCAAUUGUGUGACCCGCCUUGAUUUGAGCGAGAAUAACAUCGACACCGAAAUGAGUGGGGUCAUGCAUGGGAUUGCUCGAAAUCGAUCCAUUUUGAGUCUAAAUGUGUGCCGAAACAUGACUGGUGUUAAGCCGAAACAUCUUUCUGGAGUGAUGGAGAGCAUUGUCCAGCUGAUCCAGGAUGAAGAAACCGUUUUACAAAAGCUGAAUUUGUCCGACUGCAAAUUAAAAUCGGAACUGAAUAACGUGAUCAAUGCCUUAGGUAGCAAUCAGUCUUUGCUUCACUUGGACAUAGCUGGCAACCUGAUGGGGGACGUCGGUGCCCGGCUCUUGGCCAAAGCUCUUCAAAUCAACACGCGACUAAAGAUUAUAAACCUGGAUCGGAACGCCAUCACGCUCCAGGGGUUCAUGGACAUCACUUAUGCCUUGCAAUCAAAUUUUGCCCUUCGUCACAUUCCAUUUCCCACCUACGAUCUUCAACCCUUUAUUAAAACUCAUCCCGAGCGUGUCGAUGUUCUUGUGCACCGAAUGCAGGAGCUUUUGCAUCGCAAUUCCAACCCGCACAAGUUUCGGAACACUGCCCAAGCAUUCCGGCUGACGCAAGGGUUUCUUUUGAGUUCGACUCAACAAGUCUUGGACCGAGUUGCCGCUCAAACGCAGGAUAGUGUUGAAGCCUGCAAGAAAGUGACCUCUGGGCAUGGGCUCGAUCAUAAGUCUCAGAUUGCCCAUGCCGAGGGUCUCGUGAAGGAUGCUGAAAACUCCAAGCACUUGUUGUCCGCUUUGCACGAAGUGAGUGGAGUCGCCAAUGGCAAAGAAGUUGAUGUCAAGCUGCAACAUAUAGUCAAGGACCUCCAUCAGUUUAUGGUAUCCCAUGUGCAGAAGAACCUAGAUUCUAUGCUAACAUGUGCUGAAACCCAAUGCCCCAAUGUGUUGGCUUCGUCGGAUUCUGCCAAAGAAAAAGCCAAUGAAGUGAGGAGAAACUGCCAGAAAAAGUGUGAUAUUUCUGAGGACUUUGUCUCGAGUCUGAUCUUGGAUCAACUUGGCCAAGAGAUUCACAACAAAGUGAACGAGCUCAAUCUUAUCAUUGCCAACCAUAUAUCUGACAAGGUUAUUGACGGUGUCAUCGAAGAUCUGGGCGCUGUGAGUCGUGGCUUGUCGUUGGACGCUGAGGGGACAUUCAAAAAGAAGCGAUCCCUCACCCCCGAUGUGUUCAAAAUCAAAAGCUCUUCCUCCAUACUUUCCACUAGUGGCGAAAGUCAGGAUCAGGAAUCCAUGUCCCUUAGCAGUGAUGUGAUCAGCCAAAAGUCAGAGUCUUCUCCCUUAGCCAAACCUCAGACAAGCAAGAGACAGUCCUUGCACGGGCGAAAGCUUCGACCGAAAUCUAUUGUUGAUGCCCAAUCAAAAGAUUCCUCAAUCUCCGAGAGCAUCAACGAGAGUCUAAAUGGAACCAAUCAAGACGAGUCAAUGGAUGGUGAUAGCGUUCCCGAAUUGCCUGCCUCCACUGUCCUCAGUCAUCUUGGGAAAGCACGACCACGGAGAACCAAGAGGCACGCCCCAAGUCGUGGAGCCGUUGUUCAUAACCAAUCCGUCGAAGAAGGAGAAGAUAUAGCCAAGUUUUAUUGCUCCUCCGCCAACAAUAGUUUCUCCCCCACAUCUACCCCUUGUGACAGCCCACUGCUGGAGGGAGAGCGAUUGAAAAACACCGGCGCAUCCUCGUUAACAUCUCCAGUCACUUCAGUGCCGUCUAAAAAAUCUGAAUUCGCUUUCAAGUCGACAAGUAUUGGAGAGUCGGAAAAGCGAGGAGAUAAUGACUCCUCAAGGCAGACUAAAUCAGACAAGGGACACAUUUCCAGUCUGGGGGUUCACAAAGAGCGGGAGAGGAAUGUUUCUCCAAUUUCUAAAGUGGACAGUCAACUCAUUUCUGAUAUCUUGAAGGAGUCAGCCGAGAAGGCAAAGUCUCCAUUAUUCUCUCCACUUUCAAGCCUGAAAAAUGACUUUCCUCAUAAGACAAGUGCGAAAACCUCUACCCCUGAAAGCGAGAGGAACCCUCCCGAAGAUGUUCUUAAACGUCAUCUCAAUCGAUCAGGAAUGUCAGGGGACGUCAUUGCAGAGAUGAAGGAGAAGAGAUCCUCUCUUAUCACCAAAACUAGUCUCGCAAGCCCAGAAGAUUUCAGUCUUUCGAAAGACGACGCCUCGGUAGAAGGAGAGAAACCAUCUGGACCCUCUUCCCUGUUCGGUCAAGUAAAAUUGAGAUCGGCUACAUUGACGGGCAAUAACAAUGCUCCGUCAUUGAAUAAUACUUCCCCAGAUGAGGACGAUGACAAACACAAAGGUUCUAUCAUUGGACUCAGGGCGUCCAAGUUUAAUGCUCCAGCCCCCUGUGUAGGCCCAGAUCCCAACUCUAUUCCCAAGCCCAAGCCUCUCCCGAAGCCACGCCCCUGGUCGAUUGUGGGCGUGGACAGGAAGUCUGGAGAAAUGAAGAGUGUCCUUCCAUCUAUUUCCUCCGCCAUGGAAAAAGAGAAAAGCCUGUCUCCCAAGCCCAGUCCUCAGCCGAUCCCGAGCAAACGAAGUUCUGUUCGAGAUAUGAUUAACUCGAUGAACAAAGUUGGAGGCCCAAACGAUGUUGAACAAGCUUCCCCGGAACCCCUCGCCCGGAAAGGGUCAUCUUUGCCGCGAAGUGGAACAAGUGCUGAUGAAGAUGGAGACGAUCGUCGCACUCCAACCAAGGCCAAAAAUUCAACCAGUGAUGACCCUCGCAUAUUAAAACUCGACGACGACUUCUCUUAUGAUGAAGUUAUGGAUGUGUGAAAUCAUCAACUAUCUACGCCCGUCAUCUUUUUAAGUAUUAAUCUUACGAGCGUUCACUUGAGAUAUUCUUCCAAAAACUGGAUACCAAUGCAUCCAAUAGUAAUGAAGAGAUUUCUUAAUCUCUCAGUACAGUAUCAAAGUUUUCUUUGAAGCUAUCUUUACUAGCGUUCCUCAAAUCUUGAGAGUAUCGACUAAUCAAAACAUUCUAGAACUCCUUCCAGUCAGACUGUUAAUACUAACUCUUUUUUCCCAAGAUAUUCGUCACCAAAAUAAACUGCUUCUUAAAAUCUAUUGAUCACUACACUACAAAAUAAAUGCCUUUCUUUAAUUUGAGGCACUUCUGCACAA